AUGGAUUCUCUUCCUCCAUGCAUUCUCCCCUUAACUCUCAUAUUUGAACGAUAUUUCGUAAUAUGUUCCUUUCUCCCAUUCACUCUUCUCUCUUUUCUUUUAAUUCAUUUUGGGUGUUUUCUCUCAACUUAUUCUUCUUUAGAAAACAACCGAUUUUUCUUUAUUAAAAAUCGUCGCACGAUACGCUCACACACCAACCGCACUCCCAAAUCCAUUUUCAUCUCUCGCAACCACAUUCUCUUUCUUCCUUUGCUGUCUUCUUUUGAUUUCCUCUGUACCCAGAUUUUACCUUCGCUUCAUCCUUUCUCGAAGAAUCUAUCAAUUUCACUCGAGCUGCGAACGGCUCUACAAGAAAAUUGGCUUCCGCGUUUUUCCACAUUUUAUUUAUCUGCUCUUCGUUUUUUUCAUUCUUUUGCUGUUGUCGUUUCUUUAUCAGUUGUUUCUUUUCUGUGUUUCAUUUUAAGUUUCUUUUUUCUUUCUUUUCAUGCUUCUUUUUUUUUCGCUAUGUUUCUUUUCGGUUCUUUUUCUGUUUCGUUUUUCUAUGUUUCUUUUCUCUUUUAUUUUGCGAUGUUUCUUCUUACUUUUGCUUCUGUUACUUUUUGGCGAUGUUUUUUUUUCAGUUCGUUUUUGGAAAGUGUUUCUUUUUUUAAAUAUGUUUCUUCAUUUAGUCAGUAUGUUAAUUCAUAUAAAAUGAUAUUGCUUCUCUAUAAGUUGAAUCUACAGGCAAGUUUUCUAUCUAUCUAUCUAUCUAUCUAUCUAUCUAUAUAUUUAUUUUUACAUUCCGAAUUAAUUUAUUUCUCUCUUUCUUUAUUUCUUUCAUUUUUUUACAUUUUUUGGGGGGUUUUCUUUCUUUCGUUUUACGUUUUUUGUUAUUCUUUAUUUCCUUCCUUUUUCCUUUUUUUUCUUUUUCUUUCUUUCAUUCAUUUUCCUAUUUUUCACGUUUUGUUUAUUUUUUUCUUUCUGUUUUCUUUCUUUCUUUUCCUUUUCCAUUUUAUCUGUUUAUUCUUUCCUUCCUAUCAUUUUCUAUCUUUAUUUCGUGAUUUCCUUUUUCAUUUAAUUCUUUUUUGUUUUAUUGCAUUGAUUUUCUUUCUUUCUUUCUUGCGUUUUUCCUUUUAUCUCUUUUCUAUUCUUUCUUUAAUUUUCUUUCUUUCAUUUACUUUCUUCUUUUGUUUUUUUUUCUUGUUUACCCUUUUAUCACAUUUUAUUUUCUUUCUUUUGUUUUAUUUUUUUAUUUCUUGCUUUUUUUCUUUCAUUUUUUUCUUCUUUAUUUUCGUUCCUUAUUCCGUUAUUUCUUUUCUACAUUAUUUUUUUUUAAUUAUAUUUGUUUCAUUUUCUUUCGUUCUCGCUUGUGUUUUUCCUUUUAUAUAUUUUUCUUUUCUUCCAUUCAUUUUUUCUUUCUUUAUUGCAUUUUACCUAUUGUCUGUUUUUCUUUUCUUUCAUUUUCAUUCUGUCUUUCUUCAUCGCCAAGAUAAGCUUGUUAUAAUACCAUUCAGUUUUUGCUUCCGUCCAUAUUUAUUCGUUCUGUUUUUAUUUCUUUCUUCAUACUUCCUUUUCUUGUUUUAUCAUAGUUCUCAUUAUCUUUUCUGUAUUGAUUUUUCCCUUUUCCUUCGUAUUUUUUCUUUUUGUUUUCCCUUCUUAUUAUCCAUUUCAUUUUAUGAAAGCCACUUCCUUUUUUUUUUUCUACUCUUCCCUCUACACCUUUUCCUCUGUCCAUCUUUGCCGUCGGCUGUAGGUGUCGCAUUUCAUAUUAUCCGCCAUUUUGUUUUUUAUUUGAAUAUCUGCCGGCGGCUGUCUCCUGCCUCAAGAGGAACAAAUAGGAAUUCUUAUGCCACUUUUAUCCGUUUCUCCAUCGCACGAACGUCACACUUGCUUUGCAGUUGUGUGCAAUACUCCUCCAGUCCUAACCCUUAUCUCUCUCCCCUUUCGAUGAGACCAGAAAUAAAAGCAUAUUUGUACGUCUUCGCCAAUUCAAGCAAGUUUAGUGACUGUCUGGAGUGCGUCGGCGUUUUCUCAAAGAAGAAACAGGAGACACACAAAUAA